GAUGGACAGCAGGAAUUUACAGUAGCGACACACGAUCACUCUCUAUCAGAACUUUUACAAAAAGGAUUAUGCUGAACGGCGAGAUAAAGGUGUAUCUUUGUCAUGUGGAGUUUUAUUCUGCGUAAAAGAAGCGGACACUGAAAGUUUUCAUAUCAUUUCGGGAGAAUGCAGGAGUCAGUGCUGAGUGUGGGUUUUCUUACUAAAGCAUGCGCCGUGGUCGGAUUUCUCAGUGGGAUCCACAUCAUCAUUACAGUGUUAUAUUAUUUAACAGAAUCAGGAGGUACUAGAUACACGACUUACCUGCAAAUGUCAUCAGACUUUCCCGAUUUAGCAACUUUACAUGGUCGCCGAGCAGCCGCACUGGAGCUAAUAAGACAGUACACAAACGGAACAAAAGAAAUAUAUCUAGAUAAACUGUUAUCUAAUGCAAGUGUCAUUAAAGAUUACGCAGAGGAAAGCAAAAUACUAGAGCCAUGUCCUGAGACGUCACCGCUUUUGUUGGGUCCAAUGCAGAUCGAUUUUUCUCAGCCAUUGCAUUUGGAUAUGGUGCGUAAAGAGAAUCCACUGCUGUUUAUGGGCGGCAAGUUUAAACCCAGCAAUUGUGUGGCUCUUCAAAAAGUGGCAAUAAUCAUCCCAUUCAGAAACAGAGAUGAACACCUAAAACACUGGCUCCACUUCCUUCACCCAGUCCUACAGAGACAGCAGCUUGAUUACGGAGUUUAUGUCAUAGAACAGAAUGGAGAUGUCACUUUCAACAGAGCAAAACUGCUCAAUGUGGGGUAUGUAGAGGGGCUAAAGGAAUACGAUUAUGACUGCUUCAUCUUCAGUGACGUAGACAUCAUCCCUAUGGACGACCGCAACAUCUACAAGUGCUCCAGUCAGCCACGCCACCUCUCUGUGUCUAUGGACAAAUUCGGCUUCAGGUUGCCGUAUAAACAGUAUUUUGGAGGUGUAUCUGCAAUGAGUAAACAGCAAUUUCAAAGGAUCAAUGGCUUCCCCAAUAACUACUGGGGCUGGGGAGGAGAGGACGAUGACAUAUUUAACAGGCUGCAUUAUCGAGGCAUGAAGAUAUCAAGGCCAAGUGGAGACAUUGGUAAAUGCAGAAUGAUUCAGCACAAGAGAGACAAGAAAAAUGAGCCAAACCCACAGAGAUUUAAGAGAAUUUCUCACACACGAAUGACAAUGAACAACGAUGGAAUCAAAUCACUCCACUAUAAAGUUAUCAAUAUAGAGAAAGAUCUACUCUACACUAAAAUAACAGUGGACAUCGGCAAACCAUGAAACCUCUAGAGUUCGGAAGAAACAUUUAGCUUGCAGCAACUCUUCAAGGAACCGCCACAAAAUGCACAGUGAACUAAGAAUGCUCAAAUGAUUGAACAACACAUAAAACAUUAUUCUUUUUUCCUAAGAAAAACUGUUUUCCUGAGCAUGCAAUGACAGGUGUUUAAAUUUCUUUAAGAAAUG